UUAAAAAAGUGUCUGAUUUCACAGAGUCCACUUCCUGCCCCUUGUAGCAACACUCCCAGAAACUGAAACCAGCUGGCCCCGUAAAUCACAGAUUGUAUGCAUGUGCUCCUGAAGGAUUUGAAUGCUGAUCACCUGAAAAAGAGCACAACUCUCAGUGAAAGAUCCAAGGAUUUGUGUGUUUGUAGUUCCAGGGCUGAAGUGAAAAAACAGAAGGAGAAAAGCUCUGUUCUUUUUUGCAUUCCUUAUAAAACCAAACAUGGCAUCUUCCAUGAGGAGCUUGAUCUCAAACCAUAGCCGAUAUGUUGAAUCUUUCCGUCUGUUCCUUGAGAAUUCAACAGAGCAUGAGUGCAUGCUGGAAUUCAUUGAGAAGAAGCUGCCAGACAUAAUAUCAAGCAUUGGCAAUGGAAAGUCUGCAAUCAAUAUUCUCAGUGUAGGUGGUGGGGCAGGUGAAAUUGACCUGCAGAUUCUUUCAAAAGUGCAGGCCAGACAUCCAGGAGUUGCCAUUAACCAUGAGGUGAUAGAACCAAGUGAUGAACAAAUCUGCCACUACAAAGACCGUGUAGCUAAGACAUCAAAGCUAGAGAAUGUAAAGUUUACCUGGCACAAAGAGACAUCGUAUGAAUAUGAAAAACGAAUGAAUGCGAGACAAGAGUUUCAAAAAUGGGACUUCAUUCACAUGAUUCAGAUGCUUUAUUAUGUGCAAGACAUCGCUGCUACUAUCCGAUAUUUUCAUAGUCUCCUGGAUGCUAAGGCCAAGCUGCUCAUUAUUAUUGUAUCAGGAUCCAGUGGCUGGGACACACUGUGGAAGAAAUAUGGAUCUCUCUUACCACUAAAUGCUCCUAGCUGUUAUGUUUCAUCUGCAGACGUCAAAAAGGUACUCGAUAUGGAGGGGCUGAAGUACCAGCUUUUUGAGCUUCCAUCCAGUAUGGAUAUAACAAAUUGCUUUAUUGAAGGAAAUAAAGAUGGGGAGCUUCUGCUGGAUUUUUUGACAGAAACUUAUGAGUUUAGCAAAACUGCUCCACUUCAUUUGAAAAACGCAAUAAUGGAAGAUCUGAAAAAACCUGAAUGCAGUGAAGAGAGAGACAGAAAGGUCUUUUUUAAUAAUAACCUGAGUGCAAUAGUGAUUGAGCCAUAAAUAAGUGCUACUGGAUUUCUCAGCCCAUAAGCACUGUAAAAGCUCUGCAUGUUUUGUAGACUGGUACAUUUACUGGGGUACUGAUAAACAUAUUAGAAAUAUUAGAAGGUAUGAAAGCAGUAGCUGUUUUACAAAUGUAUAUCUAUGUAUUGCUAAUUCUUUACUAAUAUAUGAAUGAAUAACUUGCUGAAUAGUGAACUCCCUUUAGUUAUACAAUAGCUUUAUAAUCAAAAUGCAUGUAAGUGGGACUGUUAAUUAAAACCCAGCAAGGACCAAAAUAUAAACUUCAGCCUAAUGUUUAAUAAUGAACUUGAAGACAUUUGAUCACUGUGAUUGAAAUGCUCUGUAUAGUCAAAAUAUUUUUCUUAAAAGCAAUACAUCUGGAAACCUCCCUUUUUCCUCUUAUAGUUUAUAAACUCCCAUUCCAAAAGUACUGAUCUUGCUCCUGGCUCCUCAGCUGCUAAUGGUUUUUGACGUUAUUAUGACACUACCAUCAAAAUGACACAACCUCCAGUUAUUGUUCUAGUACCCUCUCAUCUUGUGCAAACAUCACUUGGCCUAUUUGUCAACAUCACUUAAUAGUACUGCUUUACUGUUUCCAUAUUUCCAGAUUUAAUUUAUAUUGUUUUACCUACUACUUACCUUCUCAUACUUCUCUUCUUCUUAUCUUCUUGUAUCUUCUCAUAUUGUCUCAUUGUCAGUACUUCUAUACAGAAAAGUCUCUGUUAUUCGGUACUUCAACUGGACUACCUUAUUAACUGGAAUUUCGGCACCGUGCCACUCUGCACCGCAUGCGGUGGGACGCACACAGCGUGGUGCUACGCCACAAGUGGCGGGACACACAUGGCACCGCACCAUGCCACUUUGCCUCCUGCUGCAAAGGAAAGCUCACAUGCGGCAGCUGCCACUGCUCACCACCCUGCGCGGCCACCUCCACCCCCUUUCCCCCUUGCUCUGUGUCUGGUCAGAAACCCUGUACCUCAGCUAACCAUCACUUUUAGCUUACCAGCACCCCCGUUCCUCACUCAUGCCGGAUAACAGGGAUUUUACUGUGUUCUGCACAUAUAAAUACCAGAUCAACUAACACUCAUAGCCGAUUCUCAGAACCAUUAAUACCAUACUCAGCUUGGCACAUUAUUGUAGAUGAUCCUCAGCAAUGGCAAGCACUACUUCCAUACAAACAAACGUACAUUAGCUGGUCACCUCAGACCCCCAGAUUUCUGACAUGGAUUGGAUGAUGCAGUUAGAAAGCAAAUCCUCUGGUCAGGAUGAGUUGAUCUCCAAGUUUAGCGUAACAUGGUUUCCUGUGUUUGUGUUUUUAGUUAGAUACAUAUGCACUCUCCCAGUUUUCUAUCUUUGAAGCUUUGUGUAGCAAACACUGAAUAAGGUUUGUAGGCUCUAUAAUGUAUAAGAUGUAAAAUAAAACUUAGAGUACAAAACUGA